AUCACUUUUGAGCCUUGCCGGCUUCCGUCGCUUCCGUCGGCGCGCGUGGCACCGCCUCUCUUGUGGGCUGCCCCGGGGCUUAGCGGGAGGAACGCCGCAUCCCGGUCACCUUUAGGGACCUACAAGCCGCGUUUUGGCUUAGGUAGCUGUGCCGCGAUGUGGUUCGAGAUUCUGCCCGGAGUCGCCAUCAUGGCCGUGUGCUUGAGCAUCCCUGGAAUGGCCACUGCAUACAUUCACAAGUUCAGUAACGGGCGCAAGGAAAAAAGGAUUGCUCAUUUGCGUUAUCACUGGAGUUUGUUGGAAAGAGAUAGACGCAUCUCUGGAGUUAAUCGUCACUAUGUGGCAAAGGGUUUGGAGAACAUUGAUUAAAGAAGCAUUUUCCUGAAUGAUGGG